UCUAUCUCUAUGGAUAGGGGGACAGGGAGACUGGAUAGGCAGUUGGUUUUGGGGAUUCGCACUGUUGACCCGACGUCACAAUCGGUGGGGGUUAUAAAAAUCCCCUGCAUUUAUACUGCAGUCAUUCGCAGUGAGAAAAGCCAUAGACAAAGCAGUCACACCGUACAUAAUUGGAACAGAGACAGCCAACAAAAUGACGACCGUUUACAUUGGAUUCAUUCUCCUUGCCAUGCUUUUUUCAUCACAGGUCCAUGCGCAAAACACUACCACACAGUCCCUUCCUACGAAUGUGACCAAAGCUGACUUCACGAGUUCCUCGAUGCUCAACGUCAGUACCACGAACGUCAGUACCACGAACGUCAGUACCACGAACGUCAGUACCACGAACGUCAGUACCACGAACGUCAGUACCACGAACGUCAGUACCACGAACGUCUCCAUUCCUCAAGGAGCCAGUGUGACCUUGCAGUCCAGUGCAUUCACGCUCCUCAUCCCUGUGGUGGGCUCGCUCCUACAGGGCUGCUUCUAGAGUGUUCAUCUGCACUGAACAAAAGCCAAGACUAACAUCGGCAGCCUAGAUAUGCAAAUGUUUUACGAAGAGCACAUUAAUUCUUGGAAGGUAGCCAUUUGGCACCUAAGCUGUGGGAUUCGGUGGCACGGGCAAAAACACUUUUCUUUGUGCUCGCUCCUCCUGGCUGCUUCAAACCGUAGGCCUACACUCUGCUCACUGGACAAGCCCAUGGCUUGGCAACAAGCUGUCUCAAUGCAGAAUGGGACAUUUGUCCAUAUACCUUUACGGUUUAGGCAUUAAUUCACAAAUGGGUAAGGUUUGGGAUAGGGUUAAGUCAUUUAAAGUGCCUGGCACUGGGAUUGAACACAUGACUAAUUCAUGGUAAUAGUGCUCACCGUUGCCCCUUGUGGCCAAUUUUGAAGUAAUCUCCUGACAUCCUGCUUACCUGGAAAGAUGUCUAAUUUUGCAGUGGUUCUUUAGUGACCUGGCUGUUGCCUCCACGGAGGCAGGCCAUGAGGCUCUAUUAAACUCUAUUCUUUGACUCAAUAUUGUGUAAUUGCAGACUGCAAUUCAUGGGGUUUCUGGGUAUCAGGAGAAGCAUAUUGGUGCAUGCUUUUCCUGGUAAAACACCCUGAAUUUGUCCGUUCUGGUGUUGAGACCGUUUCUUGACAUUUGUUUACAUGGCAGGUAAGGAUAAUUAACGUGGCCGGUGAGGUGACUUGGUGUGCCAGGUUAGGAGAAUGAGGUAAAGGGUUUGCUUUAGAUACUGUUGUCCCCAAUGUGAACUACAUGGCCACGGACCAGUGGUGCGCGUCAAUGGGUGUAACUUGAUUUCAAGAAAUGCCCCUACUCCUUUGCUUCACUUGGUCCCACUGUUCCUGAUUUCAGACAACAGAGUUUAACUUGUGUACAUUUUGGCUGUGCCUGGGGAAAUCAGCAACUGUUUGAGGUGCAUUGGAAAAUAACAGCCUAUAUUUGUCUGAUCUGUGGUACUUGUGUCCUUAACAGUGCUAUUCUUAAUCCUGCAACUGCAAUGGAUACUUUGUCAGAGGCUUGAUGUAGCCUACACUUGUGAUAAACUUAUUGCAUUUUAUAUUGUAAACAUGUGACUUAUGUAAGUCAGUGAUGCUUUUAGAUCUCUUUGUAUGUCAGGUUCAAUAAAGCUUUGAAAUGUA